AUGCCCCUCGCCGCCUUUUUCGCUCAAUUCGCAUCGUUCCCCUUCAACGAGAACCAGUCCUCACACAAGAACUUCGACCGCCUUGUCAAAGUCCUGAAAUGUGACGUCAAAGAUCCUCAGGGGCGCAUAGCACUAGCACGAGAGGGAUUCAAAGACGCGCUCGUUCAUGAAUUCAAUGCGCGUUUCGGAACUGAUAACAGCAUUUCUAACUGGCAGUAUUUGUGCGGUGUGUUGAGGGUUGAUCCUGUUCCGAAUUCUGUCAAGAGGUGUCGCAAGUGCGUUUGGGACGUGCAUGUCAACCUUGUAGACCUGGUUGAUUCACAGAGGACUGGGAAGCCUGUGAAACUGUUUGCAUCCUUGGAAGACUUGAGAGCAUAUACUCAUCAUACGAGGAACACAUUUCCGAAGGAGACUCGUGCCUAUCAAGGCGGGUUACUGAGGGCGAUAACACGCACGUACUUCAGGAGACCCGGGCACGGGCCCGGGAGUGCGAAGAAAAAGGAAAGAAAGAAGAAACAGAAGGCCGCAAGGGCAGCAGCGGGAGGUGACUGA